GCCAAUGCUUGGUGAACCCAAGGAAAUCAAGGACUCAGCAGAAAGUAAGCAUACUGCUGAAUCCGAGAAGUCAACGCCUGGUGAGCCGAAGGAAGUCAAGAAACCUGCAGAGAUCGAGCGCACUGCUGAACCUGAGAAGGCAACGCCUGAUGACCAGCCGAAGAAAACCAAGGCUGCAGAAAGAAAGCGUACUGCUGAACCCGAGAAGCCAAUGCUUGGUGAACCGAAGGAAAUCAAAUACUCAGCAGAAAGCAAGCACAGAGCUGAAUCCGCGAAGCCAACACCUGAUGAACAGAAGGAAGUCAAAGAUUCUGCAGAAAUUAAGCAAAACAAAGAUAUUGCUGAACCUGAGAAGCCAACGCCUGUUGAACCGGAGGAAGUCAAAGAUUCCGCAGAAAUCAAGCUUUCUGCUGAACCGAAAAAGCCAACGCCUGGUGAACAGCCAAAGAAGAAUAUGGAUUCUGCAGAAAUCAAGCGUACAGCUGAACCGGAGAAGCCAGCGCCUGGUGAACAGCCG